AUGGCAGAUCUGAGUAGCCCAGAUGAAGGGGACACAGAAUCCAUCGCCACGGAGGCGAGGGAAGCCAGGAUCACGCGGUGGUUUGGUACAGUUGUCAACACAAGGCUCCUUGUGACCGGGGUUAUUCAGAUCUUCAGUGCUGUCACCAUUAUUCCUACAACCCUGUCCUUUAUCUGCAUGGAUUUUGGAUGUGCGGUUUCCAUGACAACCCCCAUGUGGGCCACAAUUUCUUAUUUGGCGUCCGGGAGCCUUGCUUUAGAAGUGCAGAGAAGACCAAAGAAAGCCAAAGUUACGGCUCUAAUGGUGCUCAAUAUGUUCAGCUUGCUGCCCGGGCUGUGUGCAACAAUCACAUAUGGACUGCAGUUGGCGAUAGAGCCCAAGUUAUUGACAUGGGAACAGAAUAUCAGUGUGUACGUUGCAAAAGGCACGGCUGUCUUCUUCACCCUGCAGUGUCUCAUCGCCUCUGCGUACACACUGUUCCUGAUCUGGAGGGGAGUGAACAAAUAUCCUUGGAACUACAGAGCCACCUACAGUCAACUCAGAGAGACAAUUAAAGACGAGUCAUCACGGUUUGUUUUG